UCCGUUGAAACAAGUACCAAAAACCCUCUGGGUAAAACUCAACCUGCGUGGCCUUUCUUCUUCCCACAUCAACCAACCUACACACACAUGGCUAUUUCUCCAUUGCCACCAUUUCUACCCCUUUCUAAGCGCUAAUUUAUGUGUACAAAGGCUUAUACAAAUUUUACACUUAGAGAUAAUAUUGAUAGAUGGACGUAACAAGAUUGAAAAUUCCCAAAACUAUAGCUAUUUUCUCACAUAUCAAACGCCCUUUAACUUGUGUCAUUUAUACUUCUUCUUCUUCUUCAGAUCAAACCACCCCACCUUUACAACAAACCCCAUCAAAUAACAAGCCUAAAAAGGUAUUUGAUUUGAAUUUGCAAAAAUGGGUUACUUCUGUUCUCUCAAACCCACCAUUAGAUUCAUUAAAGAUUAAAGAUUUGCUUACCCAUUUGACUCCACAUCAGUUUGAUGCUAUUUUCUUGGAAAUUCAUUCUGUUUUGAAACCAUUGUAUGUUUUGAAAUUCUUUCAUAUUGCUUCAGGUUCUUGUGGUUUUAAGUUCAGUGUUAGAUCUUAUUGUACUUUGCUUCGUUUGCUCGUUGCGUCGAAUAAUGAUGUUCCAGCUAGGUUGCUUUUGAUAAGGUUAAUUGAUGGGAAACUACCUGCAUUGUUUGAUAACCCCGAAAAAAAGCAUGUAGAAGUUGCUGUUUUUUUAGCUGAGUUAAGUCGUUUAUCGGAUUUUGGUAUUGCUAUUAGGACAUUUGAUCUUUUGGUUCAUUUAUGUUGUACCCAAUUCAAGAAUGUUGGGUUUGAUGUUGCGUUGGAUGUGUUUAGGUCGUUGGCGAGUAGGGGGUUGUAUCCCUCUUUGAAAACUUGUAACUUUCUGUUGAGUUCUCUUGUGAAAGAGAACGAGCUUCGGAAGUGUUACGAGGUUUUUGGGGUAUUGAAUAAUGGUGUUAAACCGGAUGUUUACUUGUUUAGUACAGCGAUUAAUGGUUUUUGCAAAGGAGGGAGGGUGGACGAGGCGAAGGAGUUGUUUCGAAAGAUGGAAAAAAUGGGUGUUGUGCCGAAUGUUGUUGCUUAUAAUAACCUUAUUCAUGGGCUUUGCAAGAAUUGUGAUUUGGAGGACGCGUUCCUUUUGAAGGAAGAAAUGAUAUUAAACGGUGUAAACCCGAGUAUUGUCACGUAUAGCAUGCUUAUUAAUUGUCUGAUGAAACUUGAGAAAUUUGAUGAAGCUGAUUGUGUGUUGAAAGAAAUGUCGAACAAGGGGAUUGUUCCGAACGAGGUGAUUUAUAAUACCAUCAUCAAUGGUCAUUGCUCGGCGGGAAAUAUCCAGAAAGCUCUAAAGGUAAGGGAUGAAAUGUUAACAAAAGGAAUUUUCCCCAACUCGGUUACUUGCAAUUCACUGAUCAAAGGGUUCUGCAAGGUAAAUCAAGCUAGUCAAGCUGAAGAACUCUUAGAGGAGAUGUUAUUACAUGGAUUGAGCGUAAAUCCUGGUUCAUUCAGUAAUGUUAUUCUUGUACUGUGUACAAAUUCUAGGUUUGUUUCUGCACUAAAGUUUGUUAAGGAAAUGAUAUUAAGGAGUUUGAGGCCAAAUGAUGCGUUGCUGACCACAUUAAUUAGUGGACUUUGCAAGGAAGGAAAGCAUUUAGAGGCAGUUGAGCUUUGGCAUAUGCUACUAAUGAAAGGACUAACGGCAAAUACAGUGACUUCGAAUGCUCUAAUUCACGGGCUUUGUGAAGCUGGUAACGUACCAGAAGCUGUUCGGCUGCUGAAAACAAUGCUAGAAAACGGUAGUCAAAUAGAUAGCAUGACAUAUAACACUCUUAUAUCUGCAUUUUGCAAAGAGGGAAACUUGGAUGGUGCCUUUAUGUUGAGAGAAGAAAUGUUGAAGCAAGGAAUUGCACCUGACAUUUCAACUUACAACGUGCUGCUACACGGGCUUGGUGAGAAAGGUAAGAUCGAUGAAGCUCUGUUGCUCUGGGAUGAAUGUCGAAGCAAGGGACUUGUCUUCGAUAUUUAUACCUAUGGGGCCUUAAUUAAUGGUUUGUGCAAAGCUGACAAACUUGAAAAGGGCAGAGACCUUUUCCACGAGAUGCUCAGACGAGGUUUAGCCCCAAAUAUAAUUGUUUAUAACAUUCUUAUUGGAGCUUUUUGUAGAAAUGGUAAUGUGAAAGAAGCCCUUAAACUUCGCGAUGACAUGAGAAGCAAGGGUAUUCUACCAAAUGUUGUCACUUAUUCCUCUCUUAUACAUGGCAUGAGCAACAUCGGGCUUAUUGAGGAUGCUGAGAACCUUAUUGAUGGAAUGCGUAAGGAAGGAGUUUCACCUGAUGUUGUUUGUUAUACUGCAUUGAUCGGUGGUUAUUGUAAGUUAGGUCAGAUGGAUAAAGCGAGGAGCAUUUUGCAGGAAAUGUCAUCACACAACAUACAACCUAAUAAGAUAACUUAUACAGUCAUUAUUGACGGGUAUUGCCAAGCUGGCAAAGUUAACGAAGCUAAGGACUAUUUUGCUGAGAUGGUACAGAAGGGAAAUGCUCCUGAUUCUGUCACCUAUAACGUUUUGACAAAGGGGUUUAUAAAGGAAGGGGAAAUAGACGAAGCCUUUUCACUUUUAGAUCGGAUUUCCCAUACAGGAGUGGGUUUAGAUGAAGUUACAUAUACUUCUUUAGUAAAUUUGCUUCCCCAGAGAUCAGCAAGUGCAAACCAAGAAUGAUCUGACCUGGCAUGAAGUUCACAUUUUUAAUGCAUCAAAGAUAUACACUUGCUUGAGCACAUGCUGGAAUGUAAAGUCUGAUUUUGUAAAGACACAACGGGGAGUUAUGGCAACAGCACACGUCUGCACAUUGGAAACUGGGUCAUUAUUGUGGGUCCAGAUUUCUUCCUUGUGCUUUGAGUUUGUUGCUAAUGCUGGUGAAGAUCAAGGAUCCAAGGCAGCUGUUGGAUGGUUCUAAGAGCGCAGAUUUGUCCAAGCAGUUCCGAUAGUGGAGAUUUUUUGGUCUUGAACGCUCCUAGCACCUCUAUCCCUCGGUUGGUGACAAGUGUAACUAAACAAUCCCCGUCAUGAAGGUUUGUGGUUGAAAAAACAUUGUGGUAAGUUACCAACUCCAUGCCGUUGUAUGAUGGAGCAGACUGUGCCUGGAACUGCACUUGAAAAGCCAAAACCUACUUCA